CACUUUCUUUGUUCAGUACCACCGAAGACUGUCACUUUAGUUCUGAACAAAACACUACACAAUUUAGCCAGAGAAAAUAUAAACACAAAUGGCCAGAGACAAAACCCAACAACCUAUCCCUUUCCCUACUACACAAUUUAGCCUUACGAUACCAACACUCCCCCCGAGUUCUGAAUUGUGAAGCUUCAGUUGUUCUUGCUUAUAAAAUUCCCCCCCAAAAAAAAAAAAGAUCUAUAUUGUGAUUCAAUGGAUUCAAAGUCGUUAUCUUUACCAAGUUCUUCUUCUACCAGCCGAUGGAAGUAUGAUGUGUUUCUCAGUUUCAGAGGUGAGGACACUCGUUACAAAUUCACGGAUCAUCUAUACACAGCUUUGGUACAGAAAGGCAUUGUCACUUUUAGGGACGAUGAAAAACUUGAGAGAGGAAAGUCUAUUUCAUCAAAACUGUUGCAAGCUAUAGAAGAAUCGAGAUUUGCUAUUGUCAUUCUCUCAGAAAACUAUGCAGCUUCAUCUUGGUGCUUGGAUGAACUUGCAAAGAUCAUUGAAUGCGAGAAAGAACUGGGAAUGACACUUUUUCCUAUUUUUCACUAUGUGGAUCCUUCUGAUGUACGGAAACAAUUGGGACUUUUUAAGGAGGCCUUUGUUAAACAUGAAGAACAUUUUGAGAAGAAGAAGGUGAAGACAUGGAGAGAUGCUCUGAGUCAUGUGGGUAAUCUCGCCGGAUGUCAUUUAAAGAAUAUUUGUCCUGAGACCAAAGAAAUACGAAGCAUUGUGAGACAUAUGUCGUGUACAGUUAGAUAUAAAUUCUCUGAACUUAAUCAGGGCCUAGUAGGAAUAUAUCCUCAGGCUAUGGAAUUGGAGUCUCUUUUAGCUUUAGAUCAAGUUGAUGAUGUUCAGUUUAUAGGGGUUUGGGCAAUGGGGGGAAUGGGUAAAACAACUCUUGCAAGAUUUGUCUAUGAUAAGGUUUUGGAAGAAUUUGACGAUUCUUGUUUUCUUUCAGAUGUUAGGGAAGUUUGUGAAGGACAUCGAUUACCCGCAGUUCAAAAAACCCUUAUUCUUAAACUUUUGAAGGAAAACCAUUUGGAUUAUGAUGAUGAUCAUGAUCUCUCUAACAAAAUCAAGACUAGGUUACGUCGUAAAAAAGUUCUUCUUGUUCUUGAUGAUGUAAAUGAAUUAAAACAGUUAAGAGGGUUGGCUGGAGAGCGUAAUUGGUUUGGUUUGGGCAGUAGAAUUAUCAUAACAACAAGAUGUAAAGAUUUGUUGCAGACACAUUCACUAACUAAAUCCGAAAUAUAUGAAGUUAAACCAUUGAAAGAUGAAGAUGCACGUCAUCUUUUUUAUUUGAAAGCUUUUAAAAAAGAGCACAUUCCAGGUGAAUUUUUAGAACUAUCUAACAAGUUUUUAAACUAUAUUGAUGGUCUUCCUUUAGCUCUUGAGGUUUUGGGUUCCUUUUUGUUUGGAAAAAGUAUUGUUGAAUGGAAGAGUGCUUUAGAGAGGCUCAAAGAAGGUCCUGGGAGAAUUGUUAUCCAAGUACUUGAAAUAAGUUUUGAUGGACUCGAUGACUUACUAAAGGAAAUAUUUUUACAUAUUGCAUGCCUCUUUAAUCACGAUGAGAAAGAUUAUGUAGUAGAAAUACUUCAUAGUCUUGACCUCUACCCUGAAAUUGGAUUGAGGGAACUCAUUGACAAAUCUCUCUUGAAAAUUUCGGAUAAUAAUGAAUUUUGGAUGCACAAUUUACUAAGAGAAAUGGGUAGGAACAUAGUUCGUCAAGAGUCUCCUAAUGAGCCUGGGAAGCGCAGUAGAUUGUGGCUUUAUGAGGAUAUUGAUCAUGUGUUGAAAAACAAUACGGGAACAGAAAAAGUUCAAGCCAUAGACAUCAGGGGAGCCAAGGAAACAAGUAUUUGUCAUGAAGAUAAAGAGGCAUGUUGGAGGCCGCAAGGGUCUGCUCUGUUGGUUAUGCUUCAGGGGUGGGUCCUAAGCUCUCUAUCUUGGCGAGGGUUAGCUUUGUUGGUUACUCUUCAAGGAUGGGUCCAGUGGACUCUAUCUUGGCAAGGCUUCACAUCAUCAAAAAAACAAAAAGGACCACUUUGGAACCCUAAUGCCUUUUUGAAGAUGCCCAAUCUUAAAUUUCUGAGAGUUCAUAAUAUUAAUCUUCUAUAUGUCCCCACACAACUCUCUAAUAAUUUAAGAUUUAUUGAAUGGAGUGAUUAUCCUUCACGAUUGUUGCCUUAUUUCCAGCCAAAUGAGCUUGUUCAACUUCAUUUGCAGCGGAGCAAAAUUGUAAUACUUUGGGAAGGAAAGAAGGAUUUUGACAAGUUAAAGUUUAUCGAUUUGGCUGACUCAUCAAACCUUACUAUAAGCCCUGACUUCGCUGGAGUCCCAAAUCUUGAGAAAUUAGUUCUUGCACGGUGUUCAAAUUUACGUCAGCUUCACCCAUCCAUUGGUAAUAUGAAAAAGCUUAUUCAUCUAGAUCUAGAAGAGUGCAAAGAACUAAUUUGUCUUCCAGACAAGUUGGAAAUGGAGUCUCUUGAAUUUCUUAAACUUUCUUAUUGUUCAAAAGUCAAGAAAGUUCCAGAAUUUGUGGGAGACAUGAAGCGUUUACAAAAACUUCUUUUGGAAUGCACUGCUAUUACAGAAUUACCUUCAUCUGUUGAAUGUUUGACUGGUCUUAAUAUUUUGAUCUUGAGAGGUUGCAAAAACCUAAAGUGGCUUCCUAACACCAUUUGUAGUUUGAAGAAUUUACGCAUUCUUAAUCUUUCUAGAUGCUCAAAAAUUAUCAACUUACCAAAGGACUUGGGGAAGAUGAAAAGUCUGUCGAGUCUUUGUUUGCAAGGUACAGCUAUAAAAAAGUUGCCUUUUUCCAUUAUUUUCCUUAAAAGGCUCGAUACAAUGUGUUUCCAUGGUAUAGCUAUAAAAAAGUUGCCUUUCUCCACUAUUUUCCUUAGAAGGCUCAAUACAGUGAGUUUUAGGGGAUGUCAAUGGCCAUCAUCUCCAUUUGAUCUCAUGGGUAAGUUAUUGCGUUUCUGUAUACGUGUAAGCGAUUUGGAUCUUAGUGACUGCCAUCUUUUGGCAAUUCCAGAUAAUAUUGGCUGCUUAUACAAUUUAGUUACGUUACGUCUAAGUGGAAAUGAUUUCAUUUCCCUUCCUGAAAGCAUCUCUCAUCUCUUUAAUUUGAGAUGGCUCUACUUGGAUGGUUGCAAAAGGCUUCAGUCAUUACCAGAUCUUCCGUCAAAAGUUGAGCGUAUAAGUGUAAACGAUUGUACCUCACUGGAAAGAUUGUCAGGACCAGAAAAUAAUAUCUACAGGCCAGAUAAUUUUAGUUUAUGUUUCAGCUGUAUCAACUGCUUCAAAUUGGCUGACAAUAUUCAAAGCAGCUAUAACAUGCUUCAGGUAAACUAGUGUUUCAAAAUAUAUCUGUGGGUUUUUUUUUUUUUACUCAAUAUGAUUCUUUGUAUUUCGGGGACAAAGUGGUAAACUACUAGCGAGGAGAUUACCUUCUAUUAUUCCUGGGAGUGAAAUUCCGUCAUGGUUAAAAGAAGUGAAAAUAUGCGAAGAGCCUUAUAGCUCCUUUGUUACUUCUCCGAGUUUCCAAAGAUAUCCAUCCCGCUACGCAAAUGUGAAUCGAAUUUUCAAAACAAAAAAAGUGAACAUACAGGUGCCUUUUAAUGGGUGUGAUGAGUGGAAGGGAAUUCUUUUGUGCCUAGUUUUUGUACCCUGCGAGUGUCCUGAAAUUCACGUUUAUUCACUUGAAGUCGAUAGACGGGUGAAGAUUUUACUACCACCUAAGUAUAGUUUUGGGGAAAGAAAUUGUAAAUUUGAAUCACAUCACCUCUGGCUGGUCUGUUUACCCCAUCGCCCCUAUCCAAAAAGCCCUUGCGGCUCUAUUGAUGCGAAGGGAUUCCAUCAAGUUGAGAUUAAAAUAGCUACCGUGAGCUUGGAAGUGGAGAAAAUCGGUUUCGGUUUGGUAUACAGCAACCGCAGUGAAGAAGAAAGAAUCAGUCGACAGUAUCUGUUACUUUAAUUGGUCAUUAUGAAAUCUAGGAUUUUACCUGUUGGAAUAAUACAAAGUUUUCAUUGUUCUCUUGUUGGUGUAAACUUUUAUUUAAUGGAAGAAGAGGACCAAAUGACCCGCCUGGGCUCUUGCUAAAGUGCUCAUGAUCUCAACUCUCAAAAUGGACUUGUUUAAUGGAGGAACUGAUACAAACUACCACUGCAAGUGAAUGGGCAAUGACAGAGCUUCUUCGCAAUCCCGACAUAAUGGCCAAGACAAAGCAUGAACUUGCUGCAACAGUUGGAACAGGACACAGCAUACAAGAGAAAGAUAUCCUUUGACUUCCCUAUCUACAAGCUGUGCUUAAAGAAACAAUGCAACUUCGACCAACAGCACCUCUUCUGGUGCGUCGUGCUGAGAUGGAUGUGGAAAUUUGUGGAUCCCCAUUCCUUAGCACACCCAAGUGAUUGGCAAUGCAUGGGCGAUAGCCUGAAAUCUCCUGUAGCCCACACAAUUUAUACCAGAAAGUUUCGUGGGCACCGAAGUUUUGGAUUUUAGAGGCACAAAUUUCACUUUUAUUCCAUUUGGGUCUGGGCAGCGGAUUUUCCAGGUUUAGCUCUUGCUGUAAGAAUGCUAAACUUGUUGCUAGCUUCUCUCAUUCACUUUGAUUGGAAGCUUUUUCCUGAUCAAAUGGCACCUGAAGGUAUCAACAUGAAAGACAAAUUUGGACUUACAUUGCAGAAGGCUAUUCCACUUGUUGCCAUUCCUGUGGUUGUUGCUAAAGUGGAAUAGGUUAUGGACCUUUUCCUGUGUUAUACUAAUGUUGUUAGUAAUGCUACAAGUUGUUAUUCGAUAGUGUGCUGAAUUGAGUGUAAAUUUUUGGGUAGAUUUAAUGUUACCUGGUGCUUGUCAUUUCCAUUUUUAAUGCCCCACUCAUGGUUUUCAUUGGGUUUACUCCAAUUUUCAAGCUUUGCGCUUUAAAUUUUGGGUUGUCAUUGGUCUUCUCUAGUG